AUGAAUCACCCCCUUCCCGGCUCCUCCGGCGGGCAAUGGCUUAAAAGAAGAGACAUGAGUGUCUGGACGGAGGAAAGCAUCACCUUGUGCCAAAGGGCUCUACAAAUCAUCACGGAUCUUUGUCUCACGGGACACGUAGACCGGGAGAAAUGCUCGGAUAUAUUUCCCGUGGAGAGCAACAUACCAGGUAAAGGAAACGCAGACAUCUCUAUUAGUCUCCUUGCUGUGGUCGUGGGUUUCUGUGGCCUCGCCCUGUUGGUAGUCUCUCUCUUUGUCUUUUGGAAGCUGUGCUGGCCCAUUUGGAGGAGCAAGACUCUAUCAGGUCACGCCGAAAAUGGCCUCCAUGUGGGUUUCCCCGUGGCGCCUCCACCCCACUCCCCACCGCCCAGCGAGUGCAAGGCGCCAGAGGUGGAGAAGAAGUACCCGCUGGAGAGGGUGAAGGUGAAUGGACGGAGCACGGUCAAGCUCCUGGAGGCGGCCAUGAAGAUCAGCCAGACGUCUCCGGACAUCCCCGCCGAGGUGCAGACCGCCUUGAGGGAGAAGCUCAGCAAGCAGGCCAAGUUCCAGAGGCAGACCACCGAGCCAACCUCCUCCUCCAGGCACAAUUCAUUCCGGCGCCACCUGCCUCGUCAGAUGAAUGUCACAAGUGUCGACUUCAGCAUGGAUAAAGUGCCUCUUCGCCAGUCCUCAACUGUGAGCAUUGGAAGAAUAAAACCAGAACUCUACAAGCAGAAAUCGGUGGACUCAGAGGAUGGGCCCAAAGAGCCCGUGGAGACGUGCGGAAAGCUCAGCUUCUCGUUGCGCUACGACUACGAGGAGCAGUCGCUGGUGGUGACAAUCCUCAAGGCCUUGGAGCUGCCUGCCAAAGACUUCACGGGCACCUCCGACCCUUACGUUAAGAUCUACCUUCUACCGGAGAGGAAGAAGAAGUUCCAGACGCGCGUCCAUCGCAAGAACCUGAACCCUACUUUCGACGAGAGCUUCUGUUUUCCUGUGUCUUACGAUGAGAUCUGCAACCGCAAGCUGCACUUCAGCGUCUACGACUUCGACCGCUUCACCAGCCACGAUAUGAUUGGCGAAGUGGUGGUGGACAACCUCUUUGAACUCUCUGAUCUUUCCAGGGAGGCUGUAGUGUGGAAGGAUAUUCAUGCAGCAACUAUGGAGAGUGUUGACCUGGGUGAGAUUAUGUACUCGCUGUGCUACCUCCCCACAGCAGGCAGAAUGACCCUAACUGUCAUCAAAUGCAGAAACCUCAAAGCCAUGGACAUCACAGGCUCGUCAGACCCUUAUGUGAAGGUCUACCUGAUAUGUGAUGGACGGAGGUUAAAAAAGCGAAAAACAACCACCAAGAAAAGCACGCUCAAUCCUGUCUACAACGAGGCCAUCAUCUUCGACAUUCCCCCGGAGAACGUGGAACAAGUCAGUCUGUCCAUCAUGGUGAUGGAUUAUGAUCGGGUCGGACGCAAUGAAGUGAUUGGUGUGUGUCACUCCGGGCCAGAAGCAGAGGGUCUUGGACGAGAUCACUGGAACGAAAUGUUGGCUUACCCGCGGAAGCCCAUCACACACUGGCACGCUCUGGGAGAGUGGCCUGGAAGAGCAGCAAGCUUUGAGAGUCAAGGUUCGUGUCCUUCUCCCAAACCUCCGCAGACACCCUGACGAUCGCAGGUAGAGUGGAAACACACCAGCCCUGUGAGGAAGCAGGCAGUCGCUAAGAAGUUGUGUAGCUUAUGAGUCUCUUGUGAGCAUGUUGUAUGACAAUUCAUUCUGACGCCUUUCUUGUAUGUUUAUGAAAAACAAGUAUUGAAAUUGAACUCGGGUCCUUCACAUGCUCUCUGAGCUGGCUAUGCACAG